GGUUCUGGCAGAGCUGGUUUCCUCAGCAACAAAGGUCAGGAGGAAGAGCUGGAGACCAUAAAGAAACGGAGACUCCCAAUAGCUGGCGCCCUCUGGUGGACGUACGCCUGCAGCCUGGUGUUCAGGCUGCUGUUUGAAGGAGGCUUCAUGUAUGCUCUGUACGUGGUGUACGAUGGUUUCCAGAUGCCACGGCUGGUGCAGUGUGACCAGUGGCCGUGUCCCAACCUGGUGGACUGCUUCAUCUCACGCCCGACCGAGAAAACCAUCUUUACCAUUUUCAUGGCCACCUCCUCCUCUAUCUGCAUGGUCCUUAACAUGGCUGAACUCGCUUAUCUUGUUGCCAAGGCUGUGACUAGGAGUGUCGGUGGUCAGAAGGAGAGGAAAACCUGCAGAAAAUCCAGCAGAGAGAGGAUACAGAAUAAGACAAACCAGAAGUUACUCGUCUCAGCCUGAGGAAGCAGCAACAAGGUGGGCGAUACAUGCAGAAGAAAGAUUUUACAAAGACUUAUGGCUACACAUGUAAAUGACAAAACAUGUGUAAAUACCACUCAACAAGGGAACAUUUUCUAUGAUACCUAAAAUGCAACAUUUAAUGGGUGGAGAGGAUGGAAUCAGUGUCAGCAACUCCCAAACUGUAUUUUUACAUGAUACUGUAGUCUGUGAGAUUGUAUGUCGAUACUUAAUUAUCAAUAUUUCAGUUCAUUAGAUAUAAAUGCACUCACCAUUUCCUACUUUA